GCCAUUCCGAACCCAUCGCAUCAUCUUCUUCAAUUAUCACAUUAAUCAGCAGUCCUCGGUCUGCUUAAGUUAAUGAGCUAGUUAACCUCAUCGUUGCCAAUUGUCCCACUACCCACUCACUCACUCACUCACUCACUCUUUGCUCCGUUGCAUUCUUUCACUCCCUCCUCAAUCCAGCCGCUCAUUCUGCGCCCAUAUAUCCAGAACCUUCAUUCUUCAGUAUGUCCUGGUUGUUCGGUUCCUCCAAGCCCGAGAGCGCUCCCGCCGCCGCCGCCGCUCCCACCGAAUCCGCCCCGGCCGAGAAGCCCAAGCCCUGCUGCGUCUGCAAGACCGAAAAGACCGCCCGCGACGACUGCAUGCUCUUCUCCAAGACCGACGAUCCCACCCAGGAAUGCAAGUCGAUGAUUGAUCAGUACAAGGCCUGCAUGGCCGGGUAUGGGUUCAAGGUCUAGAACCCCGCCGCCGUGGCUGUUGUUCAGGGAGUGGGUUCCUGCUGGCAUGUUUCUGGGGUGGGGAGAACUUCCUCGACUCUGCGAUUGUAUAACAUAUGGGUUGUUUUAAUUGUUUUUUUGGGGGGGUACAGUACAGUACAGUCAGUACAUAGAAGGAGAAAGAGCGCAUGCAACAUAUCCUGGAGUUUGGGUUGUGGGAGGCUUUGUUUUCUCCGAGGGGUUUUUUGAUUUGCUGUGGUCUUGUAUAUUAGAUCGAUCUUGUUUUCUUUGCUUGAAUGUUCUUCGUUGGGCGGCUGCUUUAUUAUCAUCUCCCCUUAUGCAGUACAUGUCUUGUUGUGGUUGUGUUAGUGAUUUUUCAAGGUCGUAGUGUCUGCUUUGAAAGAGUAGCAAGUAAAAUCAAAUCAUUGCUCUUUGUUUGGUGUACAUACAAUAACUGGCAUGGACGAGGGUUAGUGUCAGAGCCAUGCACAUGGCAAGCCCACGGAAAUGGCAUUGGGG